AUGGCCAACGCGAGACUCAAGCAGGCGCGGCGCCGCGCGUCCGCCCGCGCCGUCGCCGCCGCCCAAUCUGUAGAGCAGCCCACGGCGCACACGCCGGCGCCCUCCGCGCCCCCGUCGGGCGCCUCUACGCCGCGCAAUGAGCCGUCAAGCGACGCGCAGAGCGAGCGCGAGGCGCUUCAACUGGCGCUGCAGGAGCGCAGGCGCGCGCUGGAGCUCAAGCUCUCGGCGCUGACGCUGGGCAAGACCAUCGCCAAGGAGCCCGAGCCCGCGCGCGCGGGCGCCGCGCGCUGCCAGCGCGACUUCCUGCUGCAGGAGAUGGAGUGGAUGGCCGCGGACUUCGCGCAGGAGCGCAAGUGGCGGCUGCGCAACGCCAAGGCGCUGAGCCAGGCGCUGGUGUCGCACCUGGACCGGCAGGAGGCGCGCGCGGCGCGGCAGAAGAAGAGCGAGGAGCUGGCGCGCCGCCGCACGGCCGCGCGCGUGGGGCGCGACGUCAAGAAGUUCUGGACCAAGAUCGACAAGAUCAUCGCGUUCAAGGUCAAGCUGCAGGCGGACGAGCUGAGGCAGCGGAACAUGCAGAAGCACCUGACGCAGCUCGUGGCGCAGACGGAGAAGUACGCGACCGCGCUGGCCGCCAGCUUCCAGGAGGCCCAGGGGGACACGACACAGCAGCCGCCGCAGCAGCAGGGGGAGAAGGAAGCAGAGCCACGAGAAGAAGAGGAAGAAGAUGGGGAUUUUGAGAUGCUGGAGGAGGAGCAGGACGACGAGACCACGAUUGACGAGGAGGAGAGGAGGAGCGGGCCCGUGUCGAGGCGGCAGGUAGAAGAGGAGGUGGCGAUGCUGCAGGAGGAAGCCGAGAUGUCGAUGGAUGAAUUGAGAGCGAGGUAUGCUGCCAUGGAGGAUGAGAGUGCAGCAGAUGGAGACGCCGUGGAGAACAACAGCAGCGAGGACGGCGAUUUUGAGCUGGUGGACGAGGAGGAGGACGAUGAGACCACGAUUGCCGCCGAGGAACGACGCAGCGGACCGGUGCCCAGGAGCCAGGCUGCUGCUGAAGUCGCAGAGCUGCAGGAUGAAGCGGAAUUGUCCAUUGAGGAGCUGCGCGCUCGGUACGCACACGCUUUGGAGGGCGAGGAGGAGGAUGCCGCCCCCGAAUCUGACCAAGAUGUUGAAAUGGCGGAUGCCGAGGAAGAAGAGGAUGGCGACGCAGGAGACGGUGACUUUGUGCCGACAAGACGCGAAGAAGUGGACCAAGCUGACGAUGAGACUACUAUCGAUGAGGAGGAACGAUUAAAUGGUGGUGCGUCGCCAUCCCAAACUGCAGAAGAGUUGAGGUUGUUGCAAGAAGAGGGUGAAAUGUCGAUCGAGGAGCUUCGAGCUCGAUACGCCGCAAUAUCAGAUGAUGACGAAGACGGUGAUCACGACAACAAGAGCUCUCGAUCAGAAGAUGGACGCGAUGCUGUAGAGACGAAUAGAAAGCAGGGCCGUCCUGAACAUGACGACAACAAGGCAGAAGUGGUGGAUCCCUCAGUUUCGACAACAGCAGAUACCUCGCCAGCACGAAAAAGUGGAUACAAGCGGCCUUACAUAUUGACGUCGCGGUUGGAUUUGCGGGAGUAUCAGGAGGCCGGUGUAAAUUGGCUCAUCAGCAUGUGCGAAAGGCGUAUUAACGGCAUUCUCGCAGACGAGAUGGGUCUCGGCAAGACUAUUCAGACUAUCUCUCUUCUGGCACAUCUGGCAUGUGCUCAAGGACUAUGGGGUCCUCACCUUAUCGUGGUUCCUACAAGCUGCCUUGUGAAUUGGGAGAUGGAGUUUAAGCGUUGGUGUCCAGCAUUCAAAGUUCUUACAUAUUUUGGAUCGGCAAAACGCCGGAAGGAACUUCGUCAGGGAUGGUCGAAGCAAAAUGCGUUCCAAGUCUGCAUCACUAGUUACCAGCUCGUGGUGCAAGACGCGCACUGCUUCAAGCGCAAGAAGUGGUAUUACCUGAUUUUGGACGAAGCACACAACAUCAAGAACUGGAAGAGUUUACGGUGGCAAACAUUGCUGACAUUUAGCUCGCAGCGUCGCCUUUUACUCACAGGAACUCCACUGCAAAACAACUUGCUGGAGCUCUGGGCUCUCAUGCACUUCCUCAUGCCACACGUGUUCGCGUCCCGGAAGGAGUUCAGCUACUGGUUUCAAAACCCUCUAGCACUCAUGGUCGAAAAUGGCACGGACCCAGCUCAACAGGGGGAUAAUGGCGUUGAAGGUGGCAAGGACUUGGUGACGCAAUUACAUGGUAUUAUUCGUCCAUUUGUGCUGCGGCGGUUGAAGAAAGACGUGGCGAAGCAGUUACCAGGCAAGUUCGAACACGUGAUCAGUUGUCAGUUGUCGAAGCGCCAGCGAUUUCUGUACGAGGAUUUCAUUUCGCGCAGCAGCACUCGUCGCGCAAUGUUUGGUCGUGGAAAAGGUCGCGGUGCCAACUUUAUGAGCAUGAUGAACGUCCUCAUGCAGCUGCGGAAGGUCUGUAACCACCCGGAUCUGUUUGAGCCGCGUCCAAUCGCGUCCCCGUUGGAUAUGCCCAGUAUUCACGUGCACGUGCCUUCACGGUGCGGAUAUUUAGUUGACGAAAUCGUAAAUGAGCGUCCGCGCGUGGCACUUUGGACGGGCAAUAAUUUGCCAGGCUUGGAGUUGUCGCGCAGCGAGAGGUACACUUCAAAGCGACGGAGAGAACUGUUUUUCUACGAUGUGAGUGCACCACUGCCGAGUGACACCGUUGUAAUGGUGCCGCCGGCGUACGAGGGAAAGAAAGAUCUAGUUCGGAGAAUCAUGAUACUGGCAGCGAAGCGUCGGAAGUACUGGGAGGAAAAACGCACCAGUGUCGCACAGCUUCAGAGCAUCCAGGUCGGGCUGCACUUGGAUGAGCCUGUGCUUGGAGAUGCUGUUAUCCGAGCUUGUACGAUGCCAACGUUCAUUUCGCCAGCUACGGAGGUACAUAUGCACCGCGCAAAACCCUUUCUCGGCGCCCGUGAGCCGACAAAAGCCCUUCAGGAUAUGGUGCGAGAUCCCGAGGAGAGGCUAGCUUCGUUGCAACCGGCGGUGAACAAGUCGGUAUGUUAUGUACCGAAGGCCCGCGCCCGGCCUGCUCGUGUUAUAUACGGAGGCGGUGGCUUCGUCUACGACGACAAUUUUGUUCUUUCACGCAGAAAGCAGGCCGAGGAGCUUGAGGCCAAUCACGCGCGCCCAGUGGCCACUCGCAUUUUGGCUCCAUACCACAACUCAUUUAAGCGCACGCAAUUGUUCUUUCCAGACAAGGCGCUGGUGCAGUUUGACUGUGGUAAACUUCAGCAACUAGCCGCGCUUUUGCGCACGCUGAAGCGUGGUGGCCAUCGCUGCCUCAUCUUCACACAGAUGAGCUCUAUGCUGAAUAUCCUCGAAGUGUUUUUGAACUUGCAUGGGCACACGUACUUCCGGUUGGAUGGCGCGACGAAGGUGGACAAACGACAGAUGCUCAUGGAACGCUUCAAUCGCGACGAGAAAAUAUUCUGCUUUAUCCUGAGUACGCGGAGCGGUGGCUUAGGCAUCAACCUCACUGGUGCAGAUGCUGUGAUCUUUUACGACUCGGACUGGAAUCCAGCAAUGGAUGCGCAGGCACAAGACCGUGCUCACCGCAUUGGACAGACUCGUGAUGUACAUAUCUACCGACUUGUGAGCGAACACACUGUGGAAGAGAACAUCCUUCGCAAGGCGCAGCAGAAACGGCAUUUGGAUUACCUCGUGAUGUCGGAGGGGCAGUUUACGACGGAUUUCUUUUCCAAAGCCAGCUUGCGCGAGCUUAUGAUUGGUAGUACAGGCGAAGAGCCGGAGGUUAUUGAAUCCGAGUCUGAAGAGGAAGGAACGGACGAAGAUAUGGAUGAUGAGAACGAGGUGUCACUAGAUACCGUGGAGAACGCCAUGGCGCAGCUUGAGGACGAGGAGGAUGUCGUGGCGAUGAAGGGAGCACGAGCGGAGUUUCUUCAGGAGCAGAACGAGUUCGAUGAAGAUGGAGGUGGUGCUAGUACCGUCGCUUCCCCAAUGUCUAAGGCUCGACUUUCUCAUCCAGGUGACGCCGCGUCUUCGAGACCAUCAACGCCGUCCUCCGUGUCACCCAGCAUUCCUGCGAGUGAGAGGGGCGACGAAGAAUACGAUGAGUUCGGAAACGACGAAACAGCAGAAGAUGAUAACGCUGAAGAGACCGAUGCACCAGUAAGGAGAAGGAGCAGGAGUAGGCGUGAUUUGGGAACCCCCGACGCGUCGGAACACGAUGAGAGCAUGGAUGACGACGAUGAUCAUGAAGAUGAUGACACCAGCCGAGCCAGAUCGAAUCGAAAACGUCAACGGCAUAGCUCGAAGGAUAAACGGAAGCCUACCAAGCGCCGUAAAUUGUCAGAAUCUCAAGAUCAGCAUGGUGAAAAGGUUCGCGAGAAAGCGCGCGAUGCUGCUGAGGAACAAAAGUUGCAGGCCUGGAAGGCUUCAAUAUCGUCGCUGCAAGGGUUUGAGGACUCGCUGAAUCCAGUGGACCGCUAUGCUCUCCAUUUCCGUGAAGACAUUGAUCCUCUAUAUGCUUACACCCCGGCGCAACAAGCGGAGGCACUUGCUGGUAUCGACUCGAACCCCUCUGCACCAACGUUGUUGGAGGAUAUAGAACAAACGGAAGCUGAAAAGCGAGAAGAAGAAGCUCGCCUUAUUGCUGAAGGUGAACUCGUGGUCGGUCAAUUGGAUGAAGAUGACGAAACCAGCGCCGAGCAGAUAACAGAGCGUUACACGGAGCUUUAUCGUCGUGAACGGGCUCAUGUCCUCUUUGAGCAACGCAAGCGUCGUCUGACCGGAGCUGCUUGGACCCUCAUGAAAUGUGUGAACACCGGCCAACCGUUUUAUUUCAAUGCUGAUACUCGCGAAGCAACGUGGGAAUGCCCUCCGGUUUGGGUUGCGAACGAACAGUUCAAGAGCGCUCUGGAGAGAGGUUAUGAAGGUCUGCCACCGCCUGCAUUACAUCGUGUGAUGGCAAUGUUGGCCCCGUUUCCGGAACGUUAUCGGGCGCAGAUGGUUUGUCGGAGUUGGCACACUGCUGCACAGCACCAGUCGUUGUUUGUCAAGGUAUGCGCGAGCGACUUCGAGCCUGGAUGUCCUGAAUCUCUGGCGAAGGUUUUGGCGAAGGUUGCACCUGGUGAUACGGUUCUUUUUGGUGCUGGAGUGUACCAGCUCGAGGAUACUCUCGAAAUCUCGAAAUCCUUGCGAUUAUUGGCAACUCCCGACUCUCAUGUGGAGCUGCAAAUGCGUUCCUGCCGUGCUCAACUUCGCUGGAGUGCUCGUGGUGGUGUGAUUUGUGGUUUUCACUUCACGCGCACCAGUAGUGCUCCUGAUUCGGCUGCGCUGGAGAUCACACCUAGCUCGGAUGCCACUGAAAAGACACCUGCAGUCAAAGAAAGUCGGCGCGCGUUGCGGAAGAAAGACAAGAAGCUGGCGAACUGGCAGCAUUUGCUGAGCGUUGUGGGCGAAGGACAACUGCGUGUGGAGUACUGUGAGUUUGACGGCAAUGGGCUGGGUAAUGCGUGCGUGUGCGUAUGGGGUCGCAGCGAGAAGAAGAAGAAGAAGAAGAAAAAGAAGCGGAGAGACUCUUCAAGUGCAAGUACCCCCCAAGUUACUACACCAGUGGCAUCUACAACUGCCACACCGCGAGCAACUCCUACACCAGCAACGGCGUCAGCUGCAGUAACGACAGCUAUUGCCACGCCAAAGAUUGCUGCGGCGGCAGUUGCAGCACCGGCGAGUUUAACUCCGCGGGUUACCACACCAGUGACUACGACCCCACGCGUUACUCCAUCCGUGGCAGCUUCUGCAGUACCUAACGGUUCCGCACCAGUGACGGCUACAGCGCGAGCCCAGACACCAGCUGCUGCUGCCGCUCCGGUGACUGCAGCCCUGAAGGCCAUCCCUCCAGCAACUACUUCGUCAGUGGUUACCCCGACCGCUGUUCCUGCAGCAGUGGCAACUACACCUCGCGUUACCACACCGGUGACCUCGGCGUUAGAGACUAUGACGCCUCGAGUUGCCACACCAGCGGUUGCUGCGACAUCGUCAUCAUCGUCGUCGACAAUCCCAGCAGCGGAUACGUUGUUGGUGCUCCAGAACUGUCGAAUUCGAGGCGCUGGCAGUUCAGGCGUGCUUCUGAUGCGUGGUUCAUUGGUGAUGUUUAUGAACACAGUUGAGAGCAAUGCGCACUCGGGUGUUACGGUCCUGGGCGGACAAGCGCUUCUGCGCCGAAACAAGAUUCAACGGAAUGCUCGAUUUGGCUUGCGGCUGCUUUAUCACGCGGGGAACGUCAUCGUGGAAGAUAACGUGGUGUUUGGCAACGCAUGCGGAAACUUGGAUGUGGAUAACUCGGGCCGACGCUUCGUUGUUCGCUUGAAUGACAUGGACAAGGGCAAAAAGUCGUCGGAGAAGCUGCCGCACUCGCAUGGCAAGUUGCGCUUGAAGACAUAUCGUGUUUUGGAGAAAGAGAUCCCUCGUGCACAGCAGCCCAGCGCCCCAAGACCCGUCACUACCACUGCUGCAAGCGAGUACUGGAGAAGACAGCUGCUGGGAGCAAGCGCAGCAGCAUCAACUUCAGCAGUUGCAGCAACGGCAGGUUCUGCUACUGCCUCGGCUAGACCCGUCAUCACGGCCAACACUAUCAUUGCUGCCGGGAUUCCUAUGGGUUUCAUGCGGCCCGUAGUUUUCCCUCAAGGGACGAAUUCGAUGCGCGUAUCCCAUCUACCCCUGGCAUUUGCGUCGGUUGGAGCGAAAUCUACGAUUCCGACCGUGACAUUGAACCGGUCUACGACAAGUGCGCAUCCGUCCACUACAGCAGCAAGUCUACAACGUACCGUGAGUGCGCCGGGUGUUGGAACGAGUGUCGCAGCGAAACCCGGAGCUUUACCGACUCCUUCAACUACUUCAACUGCUGUAACCACGACGACCGCGGCUUCCAUUAUCGAGCCUCCAAAGAAACGCCGGAACCGCCGACCUAAGACGCAGCAAAUUGUCGUGGGUGGGCGUGAGAUCGUACUCCGCGAUAGUUGCGAGAAGCCCACGGAGAAGGUAGUGAAACCACGCCGCCCCAAGGAGCAGCAGCCGCAGACGCCAUUGAUUGCGUCUUCCUUGUUGCAGCAGAUGACGUCGCCCUCCGCGCUCCAACUGAAGUUUGCUCCUGGCUCGACGGCUGCAGCAGUGGCAGCAGCUAUGAGUGCAAUGAUGGCAAACACGGCGAAAAUGCAAGCAAGCACUUCGUCCUCUGCGUCACAAGUACAGGCUACAGGCUCAGUGACCGCGGCUCCACAGACCGCUACCCCGAAGGCUGCCGUACCAGCGACACCGGCGGUGACAGGAGGGGUUUCAGCCGCAGCAACGAGUUCUGCAACUGUAAAACCGGCAGUGGCUACAACACCGUCGUCGACGCAAGCAACCGUUCUCCCGGUAAAAGUUACAGUACCGAAGCCUACGGUGACGACGUCGUCUACACCGGUAGCAGGCCUUUCGACUGCUGCUCCAGCUGCACCGGCUAAACCAGCAGCCCCAGUGCAGUCUAGCGCGGGUGCAACAACUACUGUGGCGAAACCAGCAGCUGCACCAUCCACGGCGCCGCCAAAAGAAUCCGCCCAACAAGGGGGAAAGCGGAAAUUAGAGACGACGGACACUGAAGCCAAACCAGCAGUGCAGGAGAAGGAGAGUGCCGGCGCUGUGAACGGACUGGCAGCGAAGAAUUGA